AUGUUACGCUUAUCCUUUGCAGAUGCAGACCACUGCACCAAAUGUCCAGAAGAUCAAUGUCAGAACAAGAACCGAGACCAAUGUAUCCCCAAAAUCAUCACCUUCUUGUCGUAUCAGGAGAAUUUGGGGGUCAUCCUUACCUCCUUUGCCCUCUUCCUAAUCUUAACCUGCAGUUUUGUUUUGGGAAUCUUCAGUAAAUACCGAGAAACUCCCAUCGUCAAGGCCAACAACCAGGAUCUCUCCUAUGUUCUCCUGGUCUCCCUGCUGCUUUCUUUCUGCACUUCCUUGCUUUUCAUUGGUCGGCCAAGGAGAGCCACUUGCCUUCUUCGACAAACAGUCUUCAGCAUCAUCUUCUCAGUUGCAGUCUCUUCUGUCUUGGCCAAAACAAUCAUGGUGGUGCUGGCCUUCCUGGCGACAAAGCCAGGGAACAGAGUGAGGAGAUGGUUGGGGAAAAGUUUGGCCAAUUCCAUCGUCCUUUCCUGUUCUAGCAUCCAGGUCAUCCUUUGUUCCAUCUGGUUAGCAGUCUUGCCCCCAUUCCCUGGUUCUGACAUGCAUUCACAGUCUGGGGAGAUCAUUCUGCAGUGCAAUGAAGGCUCCACUGCUAUGUUUUACAUUGCUCUCACCUACAUGGGCUUCCUGGCCACCAUCUGUUUCAUAGUGGCUUUCCUAGCCAGGAACCUCCCAGGGGCCUUCAAUGAAGCCAAGUUGAUCACUUUCAGCAUGCUGGUAUUCUGCAGCGUCUGGAUAUCCUUUGUACCCACCUACCUGAGCACCAAGGGAAAGUAUAUGGUGGUCGUGCAGGUCUUCUCCAUCUUGGCUUCCAGCGCUGGUCUGCUGGGAUGUAUCUUCAUCCCCAAGUGCUACAUUAUUUUACUAAGACCAGAUCUGAAUACAAAAGAGCAGCUAAUAUUGAAAAAUGAAAUGGGAAACUGA